AUGAUGUUUGCUAGGAAUAGAUUGAAAAGAUCAGGACAUGGCAUUGCCUUUCCAAGAAAAUCUCUAGGAAGCAUCCUGGCCAAAAAGAAGGCGAAGAAGCAAAAACCCCCUCAGGCCCUGAGGGAGAAAAUGAAGAGGUUGUUGCAGGAGCCUCAAGAGGAAAGCUCUGUAGACCCAAAUACCUGCUCAGAGCUUUCCUCAGCUGAUUCAGGGUCAGCUGUGAUAGUUUGUGACAUCCGGAAUAAGUCCUCAAGCCCUAUUGGGGCCUCUCCUCAGGACAGGAGUUUGUUGCCUACCUGCUGUGGGCAAGUGGUCACAGUUAGCAGUGGGAAGGUAGAAAUAACCUACAGUGAAUGCUCUGUUCAACACACUGGCCCUGGCAAAGAUGGAGCCUGGUUGGGUAAGGGGCAGCUCAUCACCUCAAAGCCUGACUCUCAGGACCUCUCCACUGGGAGCCCAGCCAUUAGCCAGCAGGAACUCUCUGAAAGGGAAAGACACAAACUCUCUCCAUCCAGAGGUGACAGCCCCAGGCAGCAGCCAGAGCCCUCAGGAGAUGUGGUGGACUACAUUGUGAAAGAGCUACAAGGGAUCAGCCGCCUCCAGUUGGAGAUUGCUGAGCUUCAGCAGCACCUGAGCCUGGUUAAAGGCUCUGUGGAUGAGGUGUCCAGCUGUGUGGAUUCAGUGCUGAGUGAGAUUGAAGGAUUACAGGUGGGUGGCAGUCCCUCUACAGCCAAGGCUUAUGUAACAGGGAAACCCAAGGAGUCCCAUGUUGAAAGCAGGGAGGAACCCAUCUUGUAUUUUUAUGGCCUUCCUGAGCAAGAUGGGGAGAACACCACGGAGCUGGUGAAUAGCUUCCUGGCCAAGCACCUCUGUGUUAAUGGCAUCCAGUGCAGUAAGUACAUCAGGGAUGCUUACAGAGCCAAUGUGGCCACGGGCAAGGCCCAUGAUCCCAGGCCCAUGAUUGUCAGGCUUGUACACCCAGAGCAAAGAGACUUCAUUUUGCAGAAAUCAAUCCUCUUACAAAGUGUAGGGGUCCAGAUUGCAACAGAGGAAGAGCCCAGCUGGUCAAAGGGCUGGAGCCCUCAGAUGGAAUCCAUUUCAUUGUUGCAUCGAGGACUACAGGAUCAUCACUGGCGCUCUUUGAGCCUUGAUGAAGGGGUUCUGCACACAGAUAAAAGGGACAAGGCACGAAAAACAGAUGCUGACUGGGUCAGAGCUCAGAAUCAAAGUUGGGAUUCCCAGGGCCAGAAGCUUUUUUUUCCACCCGAGGUCACCCUAGCAAAAAGAAACAGUGUGGUGUCUGGGCCUUUGGAAGAAACCAGGAAAGGAGCUCAAAUGGUCUUUUGCAGCCGUGGAAACCAGACUGGGCCCCAGAGGGAAGACCUUUCACCUAUUUUGCAGGAAACUAAGGACUCUCUCUUAGAAUUCAUCCCCAAAGAGGAAGAUUCCAGGAAGGCGCAAGAGUUUCCAGAGCAGCAUCAUGAGAGACUUUUGUGCACAGGAGCAAAAGAAGUUGGCUGUAGCAUUAAAGAGGAAGCCAGCCACUGCCCAUCUCCUGAGGGUACCAAAGCAGAGAAAGGCCAGCUAUUUGGCUGUGAAACAGGACUUGAGAUUCUGAGCCGAGAGCAAUUAAAUUCCCUUUUAACAGAUGAGUCCAGAAGGCUGAUGACUCUAAGCCAUGAAGGCAUGAUGGAUAAAGUGACCAUAGGACCUGAGGUUUUCAAAGACAUGGUUCAUAUUGACUUAAAUGAGGAAGAGGAAACUGCUGUGCAGGUCCUUAGGGAUGUUUUGGAUAGCUCUACAUAUGUUCUGGAUGCCUCACAGGAAGAUGGAGAUGGCACAGACGUGAAGUUUUACACAAAUAAAUUAGGAAAAGCAAUUCACCACUUCAAGUCAGCCCUUCAGGGAGUGUUUCAGAAACUGGAGAGCAGUGAUUCCUUCAGUCACGAAGGCCUGGAGAGUAAUGAGAGUGGCUCCCAAACUGAUGACAGUGAGGGGCUACUGCAGAUGUUGAGCCCAGGGGGAGACAGAGACUGCUUGGUGGAAAGCCCCUCGAGUAGGGGGAGUGAGAGCUUGGCUAGUGAUGCUGUGGCCAGUGAACAGGUUGUUUCUAGACAUAAAGAACAAGUCCACUUGGACCAUAGCAGCCUUUCUCCUGCUUCCAAUGACUCUCUGCUGUCUUGUUCAUUGCCCUGUUCAGAUGUGGACGUCUCUUUACGACAGCUGAAGCCUGUGUGCAGCCUUGGGGAUGAGACUUGUUCAAGGCCUCAGGAGCCCAAGGAAGGGAAACUGAGCCUAGAGCAGGUGUGUGCGGAGACUAUAUACCUCAACAAGUGCAUCAACAACUUCAAAAAUGUACUGAGAGAAAAGAGACUAACACAGAAGAGACUUUUACAGGAAUUAGUUCAGGAAGCAAACUGUCUUUCAGCUGAAGAAAUAUAUUCAGAAGGAAGGCAACAAGCCCUUCAGGCUCCUGAUGAUGGUGACCACUCCAGGAAGCUGUGGCUCCCCAGUGGGUCAGCUGGUGGGCUGUAUGGCAUUGACAGCAUGCCAGAUCUACGAAAAAAAAAGCCACUUCCUCUCGUCAGUGACUUGUCACUGGUCCAGUCCCGGAAGGCAGGAAUCACUUCUGCGUUGGCCACACGGACCUCCCUCAAAGAUGAAGAACUGAAAUCUCACGUGUACAAGAAAACCCUUCAAGCCUUGAUCUACCCUAUCUCUUGCACCACUCCUCACAACUUUGAGGUGUGGACAGCCACCACACCCACCUACUGCUAUGAAUGUGAAGGCCUUCUGUGGGGCAUUGCCCGGCAGGGCAUGCGGUGCACUGAGUGUGGGGUGAAGUGCCAUGAGAAGUGCCAGGACCUGCUCAACGCUGACUGCCUACAAAGGGCAGCAGAGAAAAGCUGCAAGCAUGGAGCUGAGGACCGGACUCAGAAUAUCAUCAUGGCUAUGAAGGAUCGCAUGAAAAUCCGUGAGCGGAAUAAGCCAGAAAUUUUUGAUGUUAUUCGAGAUGUCUUUACUGUGAGCAAAGUCGCCCAUGCACAGCAGAUGAAGACAGUGAAGCAGAGCGUGCUAGAUGGUACCUCCAAGUGGUCAGCCAAAAUCACAAUCACUGUGGUAUGUGCUCAGGGUCUGCAGGCCAAGGAUAAGACUGGCUCCAGUGACCCCUAUGUCACUGUGCAAGUUGGAAAAACAAAGAAACGAACAAAGACCAUCUUUGGCAACCUGAAUCCUGUUUGGGAGGAGAAGUUCCAUUUUGAGUGCCAUAAUUCCUCAGACCGAAUCAAGGUACGAGUGUGGGAUGAAGAUGAUGAUAUCAAGUCGAGAGUGAAGCAGCGGCUGAAGCGGGAGUCAGAUGACUUUCUUGGCCAGACCAUCAUUGAAGUGCGAACCCUGAGUGGCGAGAUGGAUGUGUGGUACAACUUGGAAAAGAGGACAGAUAAGUCUGCUGUCUCAGGGGCAAUCCGACUGCAUAUCAGUGUGGAAAUAAAGGGGGAAGAGAAGGUAGCACCAUAUCAUGUGCAAUAUACCUGUCUCCAUGAGAACCUGUUCCAUCAUCUCACAGACAUCCAGGGCAGUGGAGGAGUCCGGAUCCCUGAGGCCAAAGGGGAUGAUGCAUGGAAGGUUUAUUUUGAUGAGACAGCCCAAGAAAUUGUGGAUGAAUUUGCCAUGCGCUAUGGCAUUGAAUCAAUAUACCAGGCUAUGACGCACUUUGCAUGUCUGUCCUCCAAGUACAUGUGUCCUGGUGUACCAGCAGUGAUGAGCACUCUGCUUGCCAACAUCAAUGCCUACUAUGCCCAUACCACAGCCUCCACCAAUGUCUCUGCCUGUGACCGCUUUGCAGCCUCUAACUUUGGGAAAGAGAGAUUUGUGAAACUACUGGACCAGCUGCAUAACUCAUUGAGAAUUGAUCUUUCCAUGUACCGGAACAAUUUUCCUGCUGGGAGUCCAGAAAGACUGCAGGACCUAAAAUCCACUGUGGAUCUCCUCACCAGCAUUACCUUCUUCAGAAUGAAGGUACAAGAGCUACAGAGUCCACCACGUGCCAGCCAGGUAGUGAAGGACUGCGUGAAGGCCUGUCUGAAUUCCACCUAUGAAUACAUCUUUAACAACUGUCAGGAGCUGUACAGCCACCAGUACCAGACUGAAAAACAGGAACUGCCUCCAGAGGAACAAGGCCCCAGCAUCCGGAAUCUGGAUUUCUGGCCCAAGCUCAUUACUCUCAUUGUGUCCAUCAUCGAAGAAGAUAAAAAUGCCUACACACCUGUCCUGAACCAGUUCCCUCAGGAGCUGAAUGUGGGCAAGGUCAGUGCAGAGGUGAUGUGGCACCUAUUUGCUCAGGACAUGAAGUAUGCCUUGGAAGACCAUGAGAAGAACCGUCUCUGUAAAAGUGCUGACUACAUGAACCUGCACUUCAAGGUUAAGUGGCUUCACAAUGAAUAUGUUCGUGACCUGCCUGUCCUCCAGGGGAAGGUGCCUGAAUACCCAGCGUGGUUUGAGCAAUUUGUGCUGCAGUGGCUGGAUGAGAAUGAGGAUGUGUCCCUGGAAUUCCUGCACGGUGCUCUGGAGAGAGACAAGAAAGAUGGGUUCCAGCAGACAUCAGAGCAUGCGCUCUUCUCCUGCUCCGUGGUGGAUGUCUUCACACAGCUCAACCAGAGUUUUGAAAUCAUCCGGAAAUUGGAAUGCCCAGACCCUGGCAUCCUUGCCCAUUACAUGAGGAGAUUUGCCAAGACCAUUGGAAAGGUGCUGAUGCAAUAUGCAGACAUCCUAGCCAAGAGCUUCCCAUCCUAUUGUGACAAGGAGAAACUGCCUUGCAUCCUAAUGAACAAUGUGCAGCAGUUGAGAGUACAACUGGAGAAGAUGUUUGAGGCCAUGGGGGCCAAGGAGCUAGAUCCUGAGGCAGGAGACAACCUAAAGGAGCUUCAGGUGAAAUUGAACACAGUUCUAGAUGAGCUCAGCACAGUAUUUGGGAACAGUUUUCAGACACAGAUUGAUGAGUGUGUUCGACAAAUGGCUGAUAUCCUGAGUCAGGUGCGUGGCCCAGGGAACAUGCCCCCCAAUGCCAGAGGCUCAGUGGCUCAGGACGCAGACAGUGUGCUCCGACCCCUCAUGGACUUCCUCGACAGCAACCUCACACUCUUUGCCACAGUAUGUGAGAAGACAGUGCUGAAACGUGUGCUGAAGGAGCUGUGGCGGGUGGUGAUGAACACAAUGGAGAAAACGAUUGUACUGCCACCACUCACAGACCAGACGGGUCCCCAGUUGAUCUUUACAGCUGCCAAAGAGCUAAGCCAUCUCUCCAAACUCAAGGACCACAUGGUACGGGAGGAAACACGAAACCUCACCCCAAAGCAGUGUGCUAUCCUUGAUCUCGCAUUGGAUACCAUCAAGCAAUACUUUCAUGCCGGUGGCAACGGACUGAAGAAAACGUUUCUUGAGAAGAGCCCAGAUCUGCAAUCCCUACGCUACGCCCUGUCCCUCUACACACAGACCACAGACACUCUUAUCAAGACCUUUGUGCGGUCACAGACUGCCCAGGUGCAUGAUGGGAAGGGUAUUAGGUUUACUGCAAAUGAGGACCUACAGCCGGAGAAGGGGUCAGGUGUGGAUGAUCCUGUGGGAGAAGUCUCUAUCCAAGUGGAUCUGUUUACACAUCCUGGAACUGGGGAGCACAAGGUCACAGUGAAAGUGGUGGCUGCCAAUGACCUCAAAUGGCAGACAGCAGGCAUGUUCAGGCCCUUUGUGGAGGUGACCAUGGUUGGCCCACACCAGAGUGACCGAAAAAGAAAGUUUACAACCAAGUCCAAGAGCAACAAUUGGGCCCCCAAGUACAACGAGACAUUUCACUUCCUUUUAGGGAAUGAGGAAGGGCCGGAUGCCUACGAACUUCAAGUAUGUGUGAAGGACUACUGCUUUGCACGUGAGGACCGGGUGCUGGGGCUAGCAGUGAUGCCACUGAGGGAGAUGGCAGCCAAAGGUAGCUGUGCCUGCUGGUGCCCCUUGGGCCGUAAAGUUCACAUGGAUGAAACAGGCCUGACUAUUCUCCGGAUCCUGUCUCAGAGAAGCAAUGAUGAAGUGGCUCGAGAGUUUGUGAAACUCAAAUCGGAGUCUCGCUCCUCAGAGGAGGGGAGUUGAGUUUGUAAUCAUCCCAUGUGCCAACCUGGGCAACUCUGCCUGCCACCCUUCACAUCAUCGAUUUCCCAUCCCUCUCCCUGCCAGGCUCAUGGAAGUUUAGCUGUGUAGUAGACUUUGAGCAUCUGCAGCCAAGAGGUUGAUAUCUGAUUUUUCAGGAGAAAUUCUGAGUGCUAGAGUCCUCUCACAGGGUAGAACUUAGAAAGGGAAGGCAAAUCUGGGCCACAUAGACUAGGCUGCAGGGGUAACCAGUCAGAGAUUUUCCAUAAGAAACAAAUCAAAAUCUCUGACUCUGUUGGUCUAAAGAACUUUCCUUAAGGAUUCCCUCUAUUGGUGUCUCAAUGUACACUUACGCUCUUGCUCCUCAUUUACCUACACUCAUCCUCCUUUCUUAUCUCUUCUCUCCCCAUUCCCAACUCCCAUUUAAAUGAGUCCACACUACCCGUAUGAAGAAGUAGGGGGUUCUAGAAUGGUUGGUAGUGAGUGUCUGACAAACAGUGUAGUUGGUUAAAUCCACAGAUGUGCCUGAUACCUCUAGUCCAGGGAAACCUCAUUGGUAACCCUGAGGAUGUCACCAAGAACUGAAGUGCCUGAGCAGAGGCUGCUUUCAUCUUGCUGCUUCAAGCCCCAAGGACAAAAGUAUGUCACUAAGAACUGGAACUUGCCAGGGAUGAGUUAUACCCCCCACUCUUGGGCCUUGGCCUGAGAGCAAGUCCUGUUGCCCUUUAUUCUUGAUCCUUAACACUGAGUUUCCAGAAGCUUUUUAAAGUGUCACAAUCAGAACAGAUUCACAUGGUGCUUAGGAGCCUGGGAUGGUGUCUGUAGGUUGGCCUAAUCUGUAGGUUGCUGCUAUGAAUGGGAAUGAACAUAAGUAGGAGGGGAAUGCUGCUUUUCUUUCUGGGCUAGAUCCUGAGAUAAAUCAGUGGCUGCUGGAGUUAUAUUUGGGAAGAGUUUUCCUGCCCCAUAUGCCUUCUGUAAAUGGUGGUGUUCCACUGAUAAGUGGGACGAAUCAGUCCCUUACCCCACCGGCCAGCAGGUAGGACUCUUCUUGGAUUUUUUUUGAAAAGUAUGGACUUUCUUUAGACACUUGUAUAUGAAAUGGGACUUGGAUUUCCCUGGCAUGCUUCUAGGAUUCUUGGGAACUUGUUGUUGUCCAUAGAUACACUGCCCAAAACACUAAACAAGAAAACAAGGCAUUUUUGCUGUUGUUAAUCAUUGUAUGUGCCAUUGUUGCAGGAGAUUAUAGGAUAGUCUUUAAUAAAUUAUCUUUUAGCAGCA